UUGCCCGGCCUCAACAUGUCGGACUGCACGUGUUUAUGGGCGGAAGUGCGUGUUUCUACCUACUUCCGGUUUACGCUGCUCAUCGGUACAGCGCCAUGGAAGGGACAGAACCCCGGAAACUUCCACGUGUCCCCGAGAAUCUUCUGAAGAAAAGGAAGAAAUAUCAGGGUCUUAAGGCAGCAGAGGCCAAGAGAGCUCUAGAGGAAAAGAGAAAGAUUCAGCCGGGAAAGCAGAUAAAAUUUAAACGUCUUGAAAGUUUUGUGAGAGACUCCAGAAGAAAGUUGAGAGAUGACUGCAGGUUACGCAGAAUGCAGAUCUAUAAGAAGAUCAUCCCCAACAUAUCCAGCGAGAAGCUCGCCUUUGUAGUGAGAAUUACUGACAUUCAGGGUGUGAACCAGCACGUGCUCAGAAUCAUCAAAAUCUUUAGACUGGGAAAGAUUUUCUCUGGCGUUUUUGUGAAGCUGACCCCAGAAUCUUUGAAGAUGAUACAAGCGAUCGAGCCAUACGUGGCAUGGGGUUUCCCAAACUUGAAAUCUGUACGAGAACUCAUCUUAAAACGUGGACAAGGAAUGGUGAAAGGCAAAAAGAUGCCUCUAACGGACAACAAUAUGAUAGAAGAGCAGUUGGGGCAAUUUGGAAUCAUCUGCUUAGAAGAUGUGAUUCAUGACCUAUAUUCAGCAGGAAGCAACUUUACAGCUGUAAAUAAGUUCCUGUGCCCCUUCCAGUUGUCUAUAGCCCGUCACGCAGGCAUUAACAGGAAAGGUUAUCUCACUGAAGUUGGCGAUCCUGGAAACCGAGGUGUUGGCAUUAACCAGCUUAUACGGAAGCUCAACUAAAGGCUCUCCUCACACGUUUGGAUCACCAGUGCCCUUUGAAGUGGUAUUCAUUCAGAUGUUUCUUGAGCACAGCGGAUUGCUACAUGAAGACUUGUAAACCGAAGAGCGGCAGGACCCCCAAAUCUUCUGGACAUCUGACUUGUGACACCUUCAAACUUUAUCUGUCAGAGUAAAUGUACAUUACCUGUAAAGAAUUUGACAUUUUACCUGGACUCAUGCGGCCAUGGACUAUGGUAAAGGAGUACUUUCAUAGUGUAUAUAACAUUAUGUCAGCCUGACGUGGUAUCAGGAACUUUCUUGAUUUUUUUAUUUUUAUGUAAAUUAAAGUUUAUAUUAUACCUCUAUUUGGACUGGUGUUUUUAGAGUGAAUAAAAAAAUUACAUCCUUU